AUGAGAGCUGUUUCAACUUUUCAGGUCAGGCCUGUGGCCGAAGAUGAAAUGUUUAGAGUAAUCAGAUCUGGUAAACGGAAAACGAAGCAGUGGAAGAGGAUGGUCACCAAAGUCACAUUUGUUGGACCAAGCUUCACAAGAAAACCUCCUAAGUAUGAGCGUUUCAUCCGUCCCACAGGGUUGCGCUUCACCAAAGCUCAUGUAACGCACCCUGAACUCAAAUGCACUUUUAAUCUUGAGAUCAUAGGCGUAAAGAAAAAUCCAAAUGGUCAAAUGUAUACCUCUCUUGGUGUUGUGACCCAAGGAACUAUUAUCGAGGUGAAUGUCAGUGAACUUGGUCUGGUCACACCUGCUGGAAAAGUUGUAUGGGGAAAGUAUGCUCAGGUGACAAAUAAUCCUGAGAAUGAUGGUUGUAUUAAUGCUGUUCUACUUGUCUAG